GAUGGUGCACAUCAGUUCUCAUGUCAAGAUUGCGUCCAAUACGCGGAAUCAUGAUUUUCCAUGGUCAGACCACAUCCUUUGACUUCAGGACAUAAAGACGAAUGUGAGCACUGAGGGGGGGCUUCAUUGCAUCUCACCAUCAGAUCAAAGAAAGAGAUAAGAAGACAUGUCCUGCCUGGGGGCUUUCACCGGUCUCUUCUCCUGCAUGGUCCUCCUCAUUGUCGUCUCAAGUGAUGGCUCUGAGAUUAUCGAUGGGAAAGAAGUGAAGCCCCACUCGCUGCCGUACAUGGCUCUGCUAAAGAAAAACAGACAAUUCUGUGGAGGGAUACUGAUCGAUAAAUCAUGGGUCCUGACUGCUGCCCACUGUAAAAACUUUAAGACUGUGUUGUUGGGGGUGCACUCGAUCAAGGCUAAAAAAGACAAGUCCAGGCAGGUCAUAAAGGUUAAGAAGUGUUUUCGUCAUCCUGGCUAUAAUGCAGCUACAAGGGUCAAUGACAUAAUGUUGCUGAAGCUUGACAAAUCAGUGAAGGUAACCGAGACGGUGGAGGGUUUUAAGUUGGGUGAUGCCAUCCAAGAUCCGGCAGCUGGGACCAGCUGCAUGGUGGCAGGAUGGGGCUAUACAAAUAACAGUGUAAAGAAAAUAUCCGACGUCUUGAUGUCCGUCACUGUGACUGUGGUCGAUAGAGAGAAGUGCAACUCUCCUGCAUAUUACCACAGCAAACCUGUGAUCACCAGUGGCAUGAUAUGUGCCGGUUCAGACGGGAAAAAUGAAGCUGACACCUGUGGGGGGGAUUCAGGAGGCCCACUGAUGUGCAGCGGAAGGCUGGUUGGAGUUACUUCUUUCGGAACCGAAUGUGGCCGGAAGAACAAGCCAGGAGUGUACUCGUAUCUCACAGAGGAAAAACUCAAAUGGAUCAAAGAUACAAUGAAGAUGUCUGACAUCUAAUGAGCACCCGCUGUGAAGGAUUUUGUAUUUGCGGCCAUGUUAAUCAAUUUAUGUGAGGUGAUACGAGGGAGAUUUCUGCUUCUGCUGCAAUAAAACAGGCCAAAGUGAUUUAAUUUUGAAAUCUUACCUGGAUAGACACGUGUUUAUCAUGACAAAUCGCUAAAGGGACAUUAUGAGUCCUUCAACCAGACAGAUGCCGACAGAUUCACCACUUCCUGCAUCAAGAGCCUAAUUUGAAACUGAGGCUUCAGCUCAAGUCUUGUGGAACACAAGUGUUGUAAUAAAGAUAAAUUCUGGUCCAUGUUCUUAUACUUUGUACCCCACAUCAACAUUUCUGUCGUCAUAGAGGCAGAGGCCGAAAUAAAGAGGGCACGUUGUCUGUCUGUCUUUCUCUCUCAGCUUUUCUUUCUCUCAGCUGACUCUUUUAUGUUUUGUUCUCCCUCCCAGCGCCGUGUUAUCCCUGGUUUCAGGUUCCUAAGAUCAGUGUUCAAAUAAAA